AUGGAGUGGUCGAAUCGCGGCGGAGAUAUCAUGAAAUUACAAGGCAUCAGCAAAGUUUCGCCGGCUUUCUAUGAACCGCCUCAAAGGAAAACCAGCGCUGAGAUCAUCAACGAAGCCAGGCUCGCCAUCAGAGAAUCGCAAAUGACCGACAAGAAUUUCGCUCCGCCUUCGAUAAAACCCCUGCAAACUCAGAGACCUUACACCCCGAGGGACAAAGAGAGGCUCCUCUUCGGGAACAAAAUCAAAACAAACCGUCCGCCCAGCUCAUUCAGUUUACGUUACCUUCAAAAUGAAACCGACAUACCGACGACUCCGCCCGACCACAACAACUUGCUCUCGCCGAAUCUCAUCUCAUCGAAGAGCGCCCAAAUCGCCGAAGAAACGCCCGGCGAAUCGCUCUGCGAAAUCAACGACAAAAUCUUCAACAUCGCCGUCAAAGACCCGCCGCACAAGGUCAAACUUCCCUCGUUGGACACCAACAGGCCGCUGCAGAAGAGGAAGAUCCUGAAAAAUACAUCGCUCGAUAAACUACCCGAAGAGAACGAGUUCCAGGACGGCCCGAAGGCCGAUUGCAGGAAGGCGUUCAGCUCGCCGCAGGAGCGCACCGAGUUCGGCGCCGGGCCGCGCCGCGACCUGGCGCAGUGCCUGCUGCUCGGCGCGCGCAACCUGGAGAAGAUCUUCGACAACCGGCAGAUCGUCGAGCACUCGCAGACGCUGUUCCUCGACACCGGCUACUUCGCCGGGCGAUUGCAGCUCGAAGGGCGGCCGGUUUCGACGGAGAGGACCUUCGAGGAGGUGCUGCUGGAGCUGAACGCCGAGAGCGAGAGGAAGCGCGGCGACGAGAGGAUCGUGGAGUUGCUGGAGGAGCUCUACGAGCGCAUGGAGAAGGAGGACGUUGCUAACCAGAAGAUCGGGUCCGGUUUGAAGAUCAGGAUACUGAAGUGUUUGUACAAAUUCGUCGAGUCGCAGAACGAGCGAGUUUUGAUUUGUAUUGCGAAAAUUAUACUAUCGAUUAAAGUCACUGGAAAUAAUCUAAGCGGUGUCUGUAAACUGAUAUUCAAAGUUGCGAAGAACGACAAAAACGACCACUUGUUCUUUCAAAAUAACCUCUUAGAAUUGUUUCUGGAUGCGUUGGGAAGGUCGAGUCCUCUGGACGAUGCCGAGGCCUGCGUGUACGGAUACGGCGCUGUUAAAUUUUUAACAAUGAACCAAAAACUGAUGAAGAAAAUCCUGGACCUGGGCAUAUUGCAGCUCAUGGUGUUGCACAUGAAGAUCAUCAACGUCGCGAAAAUGGAGAAGAGUUUAAUGCCCGAUCAGACCCAUCAUGCAUUGUACCAACUGACGGGAGCUUUGAGGCAUUUAGUUUCCGAAGAUCAAGCCUACGAUGGCUUCAUAGAAUGCGGAACUGUACCGCAGCUUUGUCAAACGUUGGAAAUAUUCGCUGCCGAUAUGGAUAUUGUCGCAAACAUUUCGCGAACUUUGAGCAUAAUAUCCACCAACGAAUGCUGUUGCGAUGCGAUCAUCGAGUACAAAAACAUCUACAAGGUGUUCAUAAAUCUGUUCCAGAAGUAUCCGGGAAACGAGGAGAUUAUCGUUCGUUUGACCUACACUUUGGGGAACAUCGUUUCGAAGAUAGAUAAUACUAGAGUACAGUUUUUCCACGAGGAAAAUUCGGUGGAGAGUCUCGUGCACUUGUGGAAGGUGUAUUUGGAGAGAACGUUGAAGAAUUGUUGCUUGAAGUUGGAGGGUAGUAAUGCUUUGCAAAGCAAUAGCGAAGAUGUUAUGAUUAAGAUUAUAAGGGUUAUAGCGAAUAUGGUGAUAAAUCCGGAAAUUGGGAAACGUUUGAACGAAAAAUAUGGCAAUCAAUUAAUAGAAGAAAUACUUAAGGUACUCAUUAGUAAUCCUUUCAAGAAGAACGAGGAUCUCGUUUUGUCGAUACUCAGCACUUUGAACAAUCUUUCGUAUUAUUACACCAGUGACUUGGAAGUGGACAUAUUUCAUAUAAAGCAAGUUGAUAUUGUUGAGGCUACAAUAGAAUACGCCAAAUCAACCAACAAAGAAUGCAUCACAGAAACCAUGAGAAUACUGGGAAACCUGUCGAGAUCGAAAGUAACCAGAAACUACAUAGCAGAGAGCGAAGUUUUCGAUAUUCUAAUGGACCUGUUAGAAAAAGGAGAUCAAACUCUUCUAAAAACAACAGUCGGCGUAUUCGUGAACCUGAUGUCAGACAAUCGUUCGAGAAACCUCUUCAAAAACAACGGGGGCGUAUCGAAAUUGAUCAAAAUGUUAACAGUAGAAUGCGAACACGAUUGGUCAUUGGGAAAUCUCAUUUGCCAAGUGAUUUGGAACUAUUGCAUAGACACCACCGAUUUGCAUGAACUGUUCACGGACGCGGAAAUACAAAAAUUGCUCGUGAUUUUAGCAGAUUAUUUGGAUGAGGAAAAAUUGUUUGGAAUCGACGAGCAUACUGAAAAUAUGGCCGUUUACAUCACCCAAGAGUAUCUCGUUUGGGAGGAAUUCGCGAACGUUGCUACGAACUUGCUGGAGAAGAUUGAAUUUUUUUUGGACACUUACGAUCAAUUGAACAAUGACGAUAUUGAAGCCACACUCAAAACUAAAGAUUGUAGCACUAAUAUUAGUUUUUCCGCUUGGUAA